CAACUGGCUGGAGCUGCAGGCGGCGGGCUACAUCGCGCGCGUGCAGUGCGCCGAGGUGUGGUGCCCCAUGACGCCCGAGUUCUACCGCGAGUACCUCAUACAGAAAAUAAACAAGAAGAUGUUACUGUACGUGAUGAACCCGUCGAAGUUCCGCGCGUGCCAGUUCCUGGUGAAGUACCACGAGAAGCGCGGCGACAAGACCAUCGUGUUCUCCGACAACGUGUUCGCGCUGCGCCACUACGCCGUCAAGAUGAACAAGCCCUACAUCUACGGGCCCACGUCGCAGAGCGAGCGCAUUCAGAUCCUGCAGAACUUCAAGUUCAACCCCAAAGUUAACACCAUCUUCGUGAGCAAGGUCGCCGACACCAGCUUCGACCUGCCCGAGGCCAACGUCCUCAUCCAGAUCUCCUCGCACGGCGGCUCGCGGCGCCAGGAGGCGCAGAGACUAGGUACUGCUACCUGCUCCACCUACAAUAUAUUCCGAUAUAAUACACAAAACCCUUGUCCCGAUGAACCAUUUACAUGGUCUUGA